CAAUCAAACGAAGUGGAGGCUAAGAGGAUCAAAACUUUUAUAUUCAGAAUCAGAAAGGAAAAAAAAAAAAACAGAGCCAUGGUUACAACAAUAGUGACAACUCCAACCUCACAGCUCACCUUCUCUAGCUCCCACUCAAUCUCUCGUCUCUCUCCCUUUCAAGACUCCUCCAAGACCCUCUUGUCAUGCCCCACCACCGCACUCAGGCGAAGACAGGCGGCGGUGUUGGCCAGUGGCAGCAUCCGGUGCACCGCGGUGGGGACAGCAGCAGAGGCGGAGACAAAGAAAAAGCAGAGUGGGUAUGAGAUACAGGCCUUGACUAGUUGGUUGCUGAAGCAAGAACAGGCAGGUGUUAUUGAUGCUGAGCUGACCAUAGUGUUAUCAAGCAUUUCAAUUGCCUGCAAGCAGAUUGCUUCACUGGUUCAAAGAGCCGGCAUUUCCAACCUCACCGGAGUUCAGGGGGCUGUUAAUAUCCAAGGGGAGGACCAGAAGAAGCUAGAUGUCGUCUCAAAUGAGGUGUUUUCUAAUUGUCUGAGAUCAAGUGGAAGGACAGGGAUCAUAGCAUCAGAGGAAGAAGAUGUACCAGUGGCAGUGGAAGAGAGCUACUCUGGGAACUACAUUGUCGUGUUUGACCCUCUUGACGGAUCAUCCAACAUUGAUGCUGCUGUUUCGACUGGUUCUAUCUUUGGAAUAUACAGCCCAAAUGAUGAAUGCCUUGCUGAUAUUGGUGAUGAUGCCACGCUAGACACUGUGAAACAGAGAUGUAUUGUCAAUGUGUGCCAACCAGGAAACAACCUUCUUGCUGCUGGCUACUGCAUGUACUCAAGCUCCGUGAUCUUUGUUCUCUCCAUAGGAAAUGGCGUGUUUUCGUUCACCUUGGACCCCAUGUAUGGGGAGUUUGUAUUAACUCAAGAAAACAUUCAGAUACCUAAAUCAGGGAAGAUUUAUUCGUUUAAUGAAGGGAACUACCAGUUGUGGGAUGAUAAGUUGAAGAAAUACAUUGAUGACCUUAAGGACCCUGGUCCUAGUGGCAAACCCUACUCUGCACGAUACAUUGGCAGCCUGGUUGGUGACUUCCAUAGGACAAUGCUAUAUGGUGGCAUUUAUGGGUAUCCCAGAGACAGGAAGAGUAAGAAUGGGAAGCUGAGGCUUUUGUAUGAGUGUGCACCAAUGAGCUAUUUAGUGGAACAAGCUGGUGGCAAAGGAUCAGACGGCCAUCAAAGGGUUCUUGAUAUCCAACCAGAGGAGAUACAUCAGCGUGUUCCACUUUACAUUGGAAGCACCGAAGAAGUGGAGAAAUUGGAGAAGUACUUGGCUUAAUCAAUAUGCCAUACUGAAGGCAGUUUUAAUUUUGUUUGAUGAAGAUGUUUCGUAGCAGUUUCUGCAGAAUACAAUAUAUUUGAACUAAGAAAAGGUUGUUGUAAAUCCCCAAGGAGGGUCAUUUGUGUUGUAUACUGUGAUUCAAAUUCUUUUUUGAGUCUAGGCAGAAAGACUGGUGUUUAUUCGA